AUGGGAAUGAUGGGGAAAUUGCGGAUGUUCGUGGUCCAGGAGCCCGUCGUCGCGGCGUCCUGCUUGAUCGCUGGAUUCGGUAAUGCUUUUGUUUUUCUUGGCUCUGCAAUCGCCCUUGGUCCUCUUUGAAAGCCCUAAUCUCUCUACCGUUGAACGUGAAAGGUUUCUUUCACCUAGCAGCAAUAGGAUAGAUAAUUCGGCCGCUCGGGAAAUAAUGUAAUUCGCCUCAUUAAUCAAUGUCCGGCAACCGGGGUAUAUCAACAACUCCUUCUAGUCUGGUAACAAUGUAGAGAAAGACACAGGGUUUUAUGGUUGAUCUAUGCUUUCUUUUUUGCUUCCCAGUCCACUGUAUUUCAGUAAAGCACAGCAGUCAACGCGUUUUCAUUGAUACGUACCCAACUUGGGUUUGUAGGUACAACUUGAAGUUUACAUUUAAGAUAUUAUCAAAUUUUAUGAAGUCCCUCCAUUACGUGUUUAUUUGGUUUCUCAAUAAUAGAGUUCAAAUCGCCAAUUCUCUGGUACAUGAUAUUUAUUGAUACCUUGAAUCGAUGUAGAGUUUGAUGGUGUUUCUGCUUUUGAAAUCUUCAGGCCUUUUCCUUCCCGCUGUUGUCAGGCCAAUCUUGGAUAGCUUUGAGGCAGCAAAGCAAGUUCCACAGACGGCUGUACGUGCUAAUAUAUUUCUCUUUUUAUCGCACUAAAUUAAUGGUGUUGUAUUAUCAAUUAUUAUCUUCUGCAUCUGCCUUCCAUCUGAAUCUCAUCCGUUUUGUGCUAUGUAUGGAAAAUUUGGAAUAUUCUCUUAUGCUGCAGAUUUCAAUUGGGCUUGUUUUUCUUGUUGAUGGGUAAUUAGAGGUUACCAAGUUUUGUCACUUUACGUCUAGUUGCAACUUGCAUAAGGUUUCUUCAUGUAAUGAGUUGAUAUUCCUGAAUAUUAGUAUGGAAUUUUUAUUUAAUUAACUGACCGUGUAUAUCUGGCUGAGAAUUUAUCUUAGUCAGAAGAUAAGUGGAACUCUUGUCUAUGUUUCUAUGCUGAGGAACCAUCGAGUAUUCUGACUGUUGCUAGAUACUGUCUGCCUUCAUUUAACGUACAGGAAAUCCUGAAAAAAAUAUGGAGCUUUUCUGUGGUGCAUUGAAGUGUGUUUAUUCUUCUGAUUCCAUAUUAUGCAAAACAUUUACUAUCAUGUUCUUCUAAAUGUUUAGUGCUAGGUCACCGUUGAAAAUUCUAUUAAGUUGAGGCGUUCCUUCUCUAUUGAGGAAAAAAAUGGGGAACUAAAAAUUUGGCCGUUGUAUGUGUCUUUCCGUGAAUAAAUAAAAUCAUUUCUAGUGCAUCUGUACAUAAAUGUUUGCAAAAGCUAAUAUUCAGAUACAACGACUAUUUUUCCAACUCCGUGCACUUUAUGUAUAACUAUCAUAACUAUUGGGUUCCAAUUGCUGCGAUGUAAAAUGAGAAAAUGUUUAACCAUAUUAUAAAACCACUUAUGGUUUUUUUUAAAACGUAACCUUUAUAUUAUGCACUCCAACGUGAUAUUUAAUUACGUUAUCAAUAUAUGCUCAUGCUUUAUUAAGUUAUGCCGAACCUAUCUGUAAGGGGUUGCACCUCCGCAAAUUGUGCUUGAUAAGUGACUCCAAGCACAGUUUCUUAUUCCCUGUGGGUGAGGAGGAUGGAAUAAGUCAUCCAACUUCCACGAGUAGAACCCCUGUUCUUUGAAGCCAGGGAAAUUUUGAUGUUCCCGAUAGAUUUUCGGGUAUAUUGAUUGGAAUUUUUGAACAGCAAGGAAUGCCUGCAGCAGAUCCCAUUAGUAGAUACAAAAUUGCCCCCCGGCAGAACUACGAAAGACGAAUUGCAAUGCACUAGUUUUUAAGGUGACUUCUAUUCCAAGUCGACCAAUGAGAUGACGACAACUCUUUGCGAAAUUCGUUGAUAAAGACUUCAAAGUGGGAUUUACAUGGUGAUUCUCAAGCCCCUCCAUUUUAGUUGAAUGUAGGUGCAGCGUUAUAUACCAUACCAUCCAGAAGGUAGAGGCCUAACAGGCUAUGUGUUGAGGGUAGAUAUUUUAUCUAUGAAAUAUACUAUAAAAUAA